ACCCAGAUCACCCAUGGGAGGGACUUGCAGGGCCUCGCAGUUCCCCUCCUAGCCGCGAGGGGACACUAGUUACCAAUUUCUUCCCCAGUUUCCACCUCUUGCUCAAACUCAGCGCCUCUUCCGCUCCAAGACACAUUGUUCUUGCGAUAUCUCGCGUAAACUUACUGAACCGGAAGUGGUGCGUGGGUCUCUUACCUUUUGCGGCCAUUGCUGAAACGCUAGCGGCCAGAAAUGAAGUUCAAUCCUUUUGUGACUUCUGACCGGAGCAAGAACCGUAAAAGGCAUUUCAAUGCACCUUCCCACAUUCGCAGGAAGAUUAUGUCUUCCCCUCUUUCCAAAGAACUGAGACAGAAGUACAAUGUUCGAUCCAUGCCAAUCCGAAAGGAUGAUGAAGUGCAGGUUGUGCGAGGACACUAUAAAGGUCAGCAAAUUGGCAAAGUAGUCCAGGUUUACAGGAAGAAAUAUGUCAUCUACAUUGAACGAGUACAGCGGGAAAAGGCAAAUGGUACAACUGUUCAUGUGGGCAUUCACCCCAGCAAGGUGGUUAUCACUAGGCUAAAACUGGACAAAGACCGCAAAAAGAUCCUUGAACGUAAAGCCAAAUCUCGACAAGUAGGAAAGGAAAAGGGCAAAUAUAAAGAAGAAACACUUGAGAAAAUGCAGGAAUGAAGUAAUCAUACAUGCAGCUUCCAAUAAAAACUUAAAAUGAA